AUUCGCAGUUUAGAUAGACAUUUGAUAUGAUUUUAUUAGAUUUUUAAUGGUGACCAAGUUGUAUUUAUUCUCUGAGAAUCCAUAAUGGAAGUUGACAGUGUUGAUAAUUGGUGUACUAACUCCGAUAAUGGCAAAUUUGCGAACUUAAAAGCUUUUGUAACAGCCGCUCGUGAAUUUGAAGCAACGCAUAGUGAAUCUGCACUUAAUUUAAUGACUCGGUAUCUUGGAUUAAUUGCAUCUUCCUGUGACUUAACCAUAUUCUCUCCUGGCCGUUCCGAAGUUUGCGCGUUCUUCAGUUCUUUGUGGAGAGUAAUGUGUGAUGGGCGAGGUCCUCAUUGGGCAGGAGUAGCAGUGCUGUCACGUGCUGCAGCGGAGCCAAGCGCGAGGCAUGCACUCACCCAUACAUACAAAUUUAUAGCAAUAUUGUCACGGCUGUUAACAGAUUCAAUAUCAAAUGAGAAGAAAAUAAAAUUACUAUCUGUAAUGCAGGAUAUUUCAUAUGGUAUCAAAAUCAGCUGGCAAGAAUCAUAUCUGACAAGUUUGAUGAAACAGUUGACCGAUUGGAUAAGACAGCCGAUGACAGAACCACACCAUAAAACAAUUGGUCACAAGUCACUGACAGUGCUUGUUAAUGUGUGUUACGGAAACCUGCCUGCAAUAUAUGCUCUAAUGAGGACAGUAGACACAAAAGAAUUUGUUGUGCAUUUGAUUAGUUUAAAGGACGGGGGCUAUGGUGGUGUCGAAGUAUGUAGAUUAUUGUUGUGCUUGUCCGGAGCAACUAGAGGAACAGCUGUGAGGCAACCUGACGCGCAUAGCUACCUGUGCUGUACUAUGAGAACUUUCAAAAAAGCUGUUGUAGACCGUGAUGCGACACAGUUGCUGCACGCGUACACAUUUCUAAACGAUCUCUGCUCAGAAUCGAACUUAAGGGAAUUUGUUUUGACAUACCCUCAUUUUAGUGCUGCGCUUACGAAUUCUCUUAAGGACGUAGACGAUCUGGUGAGCACAGCUCUUGAUGAUGUUGGUGAACCAGAGUGCGCGAGCGCUUGUCUUAAGCACGUACUCAAAUUUCUAACUGUGCUUUCUGGAUUAGAUCUAUAUUCUCUACGGAGUCAUCACAGUCAAUUAAUGUUAUUAUGUAUUAAAACGAGUGCCGUCUGUUUGCCUGAGUCUUUGGAGCUUUUCUCAGUAAUUGUGACACAGUACAGGGAUGAAGGCCGUUUACCGCAAGAGCUAAUAUCAAUAAUAAGCGACAGACUACCUGGUCUAUUGGUGCCGCCUUUGGAGCCAGGGAAAGCAGGACUACAAUGGCUGCAAGUCGUCGGUGCGUUGUGCGAGUCGAGCGAAACUCAGGAGAAGGUAUUACAGGAGGUGACGCCGCACGCCUUCGAGGACACCCUGUACAACGUCCUGCACUACACCGCGCAGAGCGGCGCAGUCGGAGCAGAGAGCUCGCAGCAGGCCGUGGUGGCGUCGUGCCGCGCCGCGCUGUGCCUGUGCCCGGCCGCACGGGACUGGGAGGCCGCUCUCACCAGGAUGCUGGCGCACCACCAGGUACGAAAAAUGCUCUGCGCCGGUUUGAUGAGUAGCAACGGGCAGCGGAGGAGACAAGUUCUGCAGUUGAUCAAACAUCAUUACUUCCCCUUAGACCAGAUGAACCAGGUGUUCGGGGAAUCCUUCGCUGCGGAUGUGAGCGGUGAGCCGCCGGGUGCGUGCAGCGCCGACCGCGCCGACAGCCGCGCGCCGCCGCCCGCGCUGCCCUGGGCGGAGCACCCGGCGCUGGAGCUCGCCACCGACGCGCUCGUCCGGAGGCUCAGCGACGCCCUCGCCGACGGGAAGAUUUCCGACAUAGCCACUUCGAGCGUGAUGGAGCUGUACGGGUACAAGAUGACCUGCCUGGAGCAGAGGCUGCACUCGCACUCCGCCGCGCUGCAGGGCGCUACAGAGCAGAUGGCGUCCCUUCAGCACUCGCUCGCCCUGCUGCAGGCAACUAACUCGGCGCAACAGGACGUGCUGUACACGACGCAGAUGCAGAAUGAACGAUAUAAGAAGAUAAUAGAGGAUUUCCACAAACAGUUGGAAGACGCCGAGACCACGGUCCGGGGGUUCCGCGCCAAACUGGCAGCCGAGCGGCUCGAGAAAGAGAAGCAAAAGGAACAAUUGCAGAAGGAAUUCGGGGUUCAACUCGCCAACAUAGAAAAAGAGAUGAAAUCACGUGAGAAGGAAGCCGAGGAGAGAUUGAGAAACGCUGACGCAGAGAACAAGACGCUGACGAAGAAACUGGAACAACAAACGAGCAAGAGCAGCGAGCUGGCCGGCGUCCUCAUAAAGUUCGAGGAGCGCGUGAAGCAGCGCGACAAGAGGCUGGAGGAGGCCGCCGCCCACGAGACCGCGCUCCGGAGCGAGAUCGAGGCCAGGGACCUGACCAUUAAGCAGCUGGAGAAGACCGUGCUGGAGCGCGAGAACCGGCUGUACCAGGUCACCACUCAGCUCGACGAGAUGAAGCGCGUGCAAGAGAUGGUCGCCAAGCUGAUGAGCAAGAGCACCUCCGCGAACUGCGCCAGCUGACGUCGAACAACCUCAAAGAUGACGCAGGAUGAGGCGGACGGACGCAGGCCCGGGGACGUCGCGGCAAUCAUAUUACGUAUAUGAGGAUCGUUAAUGUUCUGUGAGAUCGGACAGUAUUUUAUUAUGUGACAAUAAAUUUUGAAAUUGUACAUCAUGUAUGGAGUUUUCGGUUUUCCGUCCGUGUGUUCCGAUGAUGACAGGAGAUGAAUUUUCGAUAUCCCCCCAAAAAACAGACAGUAUGGAGGGUAGGG